GUGUAGCUCCGUCACUCCUUUUCUCUCUCUCAAAUUCUUGAGAUUUUUCCGUCCACUCACGAUAGGGUUUCUCAUCGAUUCAUCCGCUUCACACUCCGUCGUGGCAGCCAUGAUUUCCGAUUCAAUCCCCAAGGCUUCGAUCCCCAUGGCCUCUUCUAACCCUAAGGAUUUAGCAAAGAAAAAGAGGUCUCAUCGUUCGGCCAAGUUGAAGCAGUACAAGCUUGAUGCUAGGCGCGAGCAGUGGCUUUCACAAGUGAAGAAUAAGGGACCAAAGGAGGAGCUGAAUUGUCUAGGAGGGACUUGUGGUAGUGUGAAAGGUGUGGAUGAAAGGCCCCGGUCUAUAGAGAAGCUAGAGAUAAUCCCUAGGGGGGAAGAGGAUAAUGAAGGAUCGGUUAACAAUUACAGUGAUUUGGACUCCCCUGCUAACAGCCCCACCAACCACCCAAGCAUUGUCUUGGGUGGGAAUGAUUCCGGUACAAACUUUAGUGGGAGCAGUGGUAGUAGUAGCAGCAGUAGCACCAGUUCCAGUGGCCAAUGUUGGUCAGGGAGCAUGAGUGAAGAAGAUGAGGAAGGGAAUGAUGGUUGUUUGGAUGAUUGGGAGGCUAUAGCUGAUGCUUUGGCUUCCAUAGAUGAGAAUCAUGGAAGUCAGCAUAAUUCUAGUUUGGAUUCUCAUCAUGGGAGAAAUGAAAGUGUUGUUCAAUCAAGUUCGCAGGCAGAGUUGUUGGGUGUAGAUAAUUCCAAGGCAAACCUGGAGACAUCCAGACCCCCUGCAAAUUGCCGAGCAUGGAGGCCUGAUGAUGCAUUUCGUCCUCAGAGUCUGCCCAAUUUGUCCAAACAGUAUAGUUUUCCUAUGAAUUCAGAGCGACAUUACCGUGGAGGGUCUGUAUGGGGUUGUAGGAAUUUAUCAGUACCAACAUCAUGUCCUAUUUGCUGUGAAGAUUUAGAUUUCACAGACACAAGUUUUCUCCCUUGUUCAUGUGGGUUUAGGCUGUGCCUUUUCUGCCACAAGAGGAUUCUUGAGGAGGAUGGACGCUGUCCUGGUUGCAGGAAGCAGUAUGACUGUGACCCUGAUGAGGGGGAAGCAGCUGUUGAUUCUGGCAGCCCAGCAAUCCGAUUGGCUCGUUCGUGUAGUAUGAUCUCUAGGUCCUAAGGAAGAAUCUCUUCCCAAUGCACAUGUAUGCUAGGUCCCUUUUACAGUGUGACUUAAGUGUGUUCUUACUCUUGUUAGACUAUCAUUAGACUGAUUUUUCAUAGUAGCACUAGACAUUGAUAUAGGAAUAUGAUUCUGGAAAGCACAAGGGAAUUAUUUUGGUUCCCUUGUGAUUUUUCAUCGGAUGUAUGGUGCAUGUGCUGAAUUAGAAGAAGAAUAUUGCUUAUGUGAGUGAGUACUGAGUAGGCUUGGUGGUAUAGAAAUUUAAAAUGCAGAAUUUGACUGCAAUAAAGUUCUCUUUGUUGGUUUGAUUUUGCACUUGUCCUAUCAAUAAUGUGAUAAUAUUAGAUUUGGUUAA